UUUUAUCUUAAUAAUUCAUUUCGACAGGUAAGCUUGGAAGAAAAAGAGCAGAAUCUUGAAAAGACAGUUGAUGAAAUUGAAGCUGAUGAUGCUGCAGAGGCCAGCUUACCAAUCAAGCAGUUAAAUGAGCAUGACGAAUUAUUUGAAAUCUAUUGCAGCAAUUUAAUUGUAUCUUUUUUUAGAAUUCUUGUAGCAAAUUUCUCUCAGGAACAAUUGGCCAGGUACGAAUCUUUCAGACGGUCGUCCUUCCCAAAGAGCAUCAUUAAACGGUUAAUUCAUCAGUGUACAGGAGUAGCACCCGGUCAGAAUGUUGUCAUCGCUGUAGCUGGUCUAGCCAAGGUCUUUGCCGGUGAACUUGUUGAAGAAGCAUUAGAUAUUCAAAAGAAGAUGGGUGAGGGAUGCGAACCGCUCAAGCCAAGAUCUGUAGAAUUAGCUUAUGAAAGUUUGUGGGAUAAAGGAAAAUUAUUUCCUCCUCACGGAUCACGUAAGAACCCAUUCAUAUGA